CGCUCCAGCGAGAUCACAUGAUUUCAAACAGAACUAGGAAUAUGUAAACACCACGAAUUCGUGGAGAAUUCCUUCUUCCCUUGAUAGUUCAACGAAUCUCAGGGCAUCAAGCUCAAUAUUACGUUUGUGAUCAACAUUUUCCAUCCUCAUGUGGGAUAUAUGAGAGAGCAGCGCAUCCAUCCCCAAAGUCCCAAACCAGCCAUCCAUCACUGCUAGACUUAAACCCCCCCUCCAACACCAUCUACACAGUAUCUACACUCAACUCCCCUCCAUCGAUACGCACAAUGAAGCAACGAACCAAAUGCCCUACCAAAUGAAAUUCCAAGUAGACGGCAACUGCCACCGCAACGGCCAGCCGGACGCGAUCGCCGCCGCAGCUGCCAUCCUUCUGCGCCGCUACGGCCCGAAGAAAGGAUGGACGCGCUCCCUCCCCGCCUCCCCACCACCGACCAACCAACGAGCGGAGAUCACCGCCAUCAUCCUCGCGCUGGAGCAGGCGCUCGCCCGGUACCCCUUGCUCCACACCCGGCCGAAGAUGCGGGUGACGAUCUAUAGCGAUUCCCAGUAUGCGGUGAAGUGUAUGACGAAGUGGAGGUACAAGUGGACGGGGAAUGGGUGGAGGAAUACCCGCGGGCGGGAGGUGGUGAAUCGCGAUCUGCUGGAACAGGCGGCGGAGUUGGAUCGCCAAGUCCGACAGUUGGGGCGCUUGAAGGUGCGGUAUGAGUGGAUUGCGAGGGAGGAGAAUUGGCAGGCGGAUAGGUUGUGUAGGCGGGAUAUCGAGAGGCAGAUCUUGCGGUCAUAGGGUUUAUUUACAUACUGUGGUACUGUAGGUUUUGGGGGAAAGGAAGGAUAACAUGGUAGCCUGAGGGAUGGGUCUUGGACUUGGAUUGGUUGUGGUGUA